CCCCCCCCCGCCACGGGGCUCUCUCGGAGCGACCUCUGCCGCAGAGGGGCCGCGCUGCAAUGCCGCGCCGCUCUCUCAGCGCCCCGACGGCUGCGUUCGGACGGGACGGCUGUGGCAGCGAAGCCGAGGCGGAGGCGCGGCGCACGCAGAGCGCUGAACCGUGCCUGAGGGGUGCCUGCCGGCCGGAGGGAGAAACCCCGGGCGGCCGAGAGCAGCCCCGCGGCGGGCGAGCCCGCGCCGCCUCCCCCGGGCUCGCUCCACGGUGGGAUCCCGCAGUCCUCGAGGAAAUCAUCACCGUCAUCUCCGUCACCGCUAUCACCGCGCCAGCACGGGCAGGUGCAGCGCCUUCCGGUGCGCGGAAGAGGCGCGGGGCGGGGGGGGGCUCGGGACCCGCAGGCUGUUGCGGAUUAUCGGCAGCUGCCGCAGCCCCAUGCAUCACCGUGGAGGACCCUCUGCACCUGCCGCCAGGAUGUUUGCGCAGGCGGAGGAGUGUUUGCCGAGGGGUCGCGAGUACCGGAGAGGAGCGGAAAGCUGCCGCCGGGCUGGGCAAGAGAGGAUCCACUCCACCCCCGACUCCGCAAACGCCGGUGCGGCGGGUAGAGGCGAGGGGGGAGCUGGCCGACCCCGGCCCCGCUGGCUCCGGGCCCCCUCCCUGCGGCGCUGGCGGGCCCCGCCCGCGGCACGGGGACGCGCCCCGCGCUGCUCUGUCGCUACCGGCCCCGAGGCUGAGAGAGCGGCGCGGGACUCGGCGGCCGCACCGCGCUGCGUCGCGGACGGACGGCUCCUGAUGGUUGAAACGGUGCAUUUCACCUGGAGAUGAACGAAGCUAGGGAGAGACGAGAACAGGUAUUUCUUUGCUGACGUGACGCUGCCUUGAAAGUUGAAAGAGGAGCACGGACGCGGCGUGCUGCUCAUCCGACGAGGGUUUCUUCUCCACUCCCCUUCCUCCCCGCAGGGGGAUACCGCGCUACAGCCGGGCUCUGCUGUCGUUUUUCCGCUCUCAUUCUGCAGAACGAUGACUGCAAAACCGUUUAAGUCGGACUGAGCCCGGCCCGGGGCUCCCCGCUACGGCUCCCUCCCGGCUGGGCUCGCCCCGGAGCCCUCCUGCUGCUCCCGCACGCACGCAUGGAAAGUUAGUUCGUGAUGCACGUCCGUGGCACCGCUGCGUGCCAAGGGAACCUUUGGUUUCCCGAGAGGAGGAGUUGAAGUAUUUAAUUUUAAGUAUCUUUCCGACACUUCUAUUCUGAUUUCUCAGCUAGUCUUUUGAAGGUUGCCUUUACAAACGUGAGAUAGCACCUAAAGAAACAGGUCGGCAUCACUUUCGCUGUUUCAGCAUGACUUGUGCAGCUCCAUCAACAGAUGUACGGUGGGGGAGCUCCACUGACUGAAUUCGCACUCAGACAUUCCCAGCCUUCACUGUUCCUUUCCCCUUUCUCUGUUAACAAUUAAUCGUUCUCAUUUCCUUUGGGGAUUUAUUUACUCAGCACAGAAUAUUUAUCUUUUAACCUUAAAAAGUCCAGAGGACUCUGUAGGAAUAGUGUAUCUCAGUUUUUCAUGGGGAUAGCAAGCUGUAUUCCAUCUUACAGCCAACUCCAGGCACUUUGAGCACUUCCCUUGCCAAUGUAACUCAGCCCCGGGCUGGAGCCUGCAGGAUGUAGUGAUUACGGAUUUCAGAUGCCAGCAUUUCUACUUUAGGCUUUCACAGGAAGAAACAUAAAUUUAAAGCAACAGGUAUUAGUGCUAAUAGAUAAACUUUUGUGCGCGUAAAGAUGAAAUAGUAUUUGGAUGUUGGCAAGCGCUUUGGCUGCUCCUUGCCAGCACUAAUGGAGGG